UUGAUCUGUCUGUACCUAUUCAUGUUACCUGACCGAUAAAAGCUUCUUAAAUUUUGUUAAUCUGUUGUGUUCCCAACUCCUUUUCGUCUUUCAAGAAAUGUGCCUUUGACGUAGCUUAUUUUGCAUUUAUUUGUUAUAGUUUAUGUUUGCUGAUUUUUUAGACCUAGGUAUGGCAGUUUUGUAGUCAGUUGCUUACUUUCAGCUGACUUCAGGGUGUAAUACUUAUUGGGGAUAUAGUUUGAACUUCAUCGUUUUCGUUGACAUUGUCAAUUUUGCUUUUCGGUUUUAAUACGAUUGUCUCAUAAGUAAUCAUUUUUUUAUGGGCCCGCUCAAUUGAUUGAAUGUAGAUUAAGCAUGUGGUAGUCUGUUACUCUUUCCUUUCUCUUGGAGGAGCAAAAGUUACAAAAAAGAAUUGAACCAACUUUAUGGUGAAAAGGUUAAUCUUUAGGAUGAAAUGAAAUUAACUUGUAUUUACAGAUGUGAUGGACUGUGAUCUUUAGGUAAUGUUUUUGAACGUAGAACAUACCAUUUGUUAGCCUCGAAUUGGUAAUCCUAGUUACAAAUAGUCACACUUCACUCGCGGUUGGAAAAUAGGUAGUUUAACCAAGAUUAAAGUUUCCCUUAUGCUAAGAUUUGCUCUGUCGAUUGAAAUAUUUAUGUAUUGUAUGGCCGAUUAUCUUGUUUGAACUUUGAUCAUCUUAGUUUAAAUUCUAGUGGUUAUUAUACUGUUACCUUCAUUCAGAAGUUAAGUCAAGCAACUAAUCAUGUACCUGUUGAUGCCAGGUCUUCUACUGUGAAACUGAACAUAUUUUCGCUUCUUUGAAGUAGGGUGGAUUAUAUGUUGUAUUUUAUACAAUACACUAUUAUCCCUUGGAUAAGGAGAUUAUGCGUUGGAUAACUCUAGAUUAGGAAUUGUGAGUUGUCUCCUUUGCUUUGAAAAAGCAUGGUUUUGUAGAUUUGAGUUUUGUGAGAUAGUUGGAGAUUCAAGAAAGCAAGUGAAAGAAUAAUCUCUUAGUAUUCCAAAAGAUAGCUACAACGGGGUCCCUCUGUUGUGUGGCUGCUAGGCCACAUGGGUCUAAUGCAGCUAGUCGUGACUGGUCCAUGGGUCCACAUGAGCCCUAUUGGAGAACCAAUACAAGCUUCUCACCUCCUCCGCCAAGAUGGGAUAUCCGGUACCAUUCGGAAGGGCAAUCAUUUGGUUCUCAGGAGGGUAGUCAAUUGUAUGGAUCUUCCACAUCCUCAAACAGCAGAGAAAGUAGGAGCUGGUUAAGAGGAAAUUAUCUACCCAAUCAUCGACAUUCUGCAUCUGAUGGAGUUGGGCCAUAUAUUAGCAGUCCAUCUGACUUUUCUCCAGCGCAGCAGUGGACCCCUCCAACAAUACAAGAAAUCAGUGUUGAUGAAUUCGGAAAUUCAUCUAGGAGAGUUUUGGGGUCUUUAUCCUUUUCGCCAACUAUUGAGUUUGCAGGGAAUUUCUGCUCCUCAGGAUAGCAGAGGUUCUAUUUCUUCCCGUUCAGACAGCAGUGAUUAUGAUGCAAUGGCUAAAUCACAAUCCUCCCACCGUAACUUUACAGGCCGUCGUUGCUUCAUGUCCAAACCGGUUCAUCCCUUAACCUUUCCAUCUGAAGGAGACGGACCUCCAUUUCCGGAUUUUGAUGAGACCCUUCAUCAGAGAGACCGACAGCUGAACAGCACUGCUAGUUGUGACUUUGAUUUUACAGAUGUCUCUGAACCGAUUGAAUCCGAUACCCUUAGCCGACCAUCAGUUAACCAAUCAUACGGUUACAAAUGUGGUCUGUGUGAGCGAUUUCUUUCCCAGAGAUCACCCUGGAGUUCCCGCCGGAUUGUUAGAAGCGGAGACAUGCCGGUCACCGGAGUUCUUUCAUGCCGUCAUGUCUUCCAUGCUGAAUGCCUAGAUCAAACCACACCAAAAGUCCGUAAGAGCGACCCUCCAUGUCCUGUAUGCGCCAAAUCUGAUGAAGAAACUUCUCCUGAUCAAAGGGUUUUUUCAAAAUUGAGAAGUGGGUUCCCCCGACUGAGACCUUUUCGUGAGGAUGGACCAUCUAGACCAUGGGGAUGCACUCAGGCUGGGAAUUGUGUGGAAGGGGCUCUAAGUGCUCCUUCUCGAAACACCAUGUUGCUACUGAACCGGAAUCGGGUUAAAAAGAGCCUGUCAUUGAAGGGUAAAGAAUUCCCAGGAAAGUUGAAGAAAAGUGGGACUUACUCAUCAAGUGCAGUUGGGUCUUCAAAGACAUCAUCAGAUUCAGGUAAGAAGUCAUAAAUUAUGUGUGUGUGUGUGUAUAUAUAUACAUACAUACAUACUACCUGCAAUGGAAACACAAAAACUGGCAUAUCUAAUUGAAGUGUGUGUUGUAGUUGAUAUGGGUUGGUAGGAAAAGAUUGCACAUUUUUGCAUUUCCCUUUUUGUAGGAUGCAAAUGGCAAAUGGCAAAUGGCAAAUGGUAUGUAAAAUAUGAAUCUAAUUGCUGACAUGAAAAUGCAAACUGUUUUAUGUGCCUUGUUAUC